AAGCCCUGGGUUAACCAGAAAGGAGCAGGCGGGUCUGAACCCCUCAGGUCCUCCAGCCAUGAGGCUCCUCUGGGGGCUGAUCUGGGCAUCUGGCUUCUUCGCCUUGUCUCUGCAGAAGCCCAGGUUGCUCCUGUUUGCUCCUUCUGUGGUUCGCAUAGGGGUCCCCCUGUCUGUGGCCGUGAAACUCCAGGAUGCUCCUUCAGGGCAGGUGGUGAGAGGAUCCGUGUUCCUGAGGAACCCAUCCCACGUUAAAGAGCUCUGCUCCCCGAAGGUGGAUUUCAGCCUCAGCUCAGGCAGAGACUUCAUACUCCUCAACCUCCCGAUUCCCCAGGAGCAGGCCAGGCUCUGUCGCCUCCAUCUCCUCCGCGGACCCCCGAGGUUGCAGCUCAUGGUGCAGUCGCCGUGGCUCAGGGACUCUCUGUCCAAACAGACAGACACGCAGGGUGUCAACCUGCUGUUCUCCUCUCGCCGGGGGCACCUCUUUCUGCAGACAGACCAGCCCGUUUAUAACCCUGGCCAGCGGGUUCGCUACAGAGUCUUUGCUCUGGAUCAAAAGAUGCGCCCGGCCAGUGACAUCUUCACGGUCACGGUGGAGAACUCUCAAGGCUUCCGCGUGCAGAAAAGGGAAGUGGUUGCCUCCCUCCUUGGGCUGAGUCUCUCCUUUGUCUAUCCUAAGGCCAGCGACGUGAAAAUCUCAGCCCAAUUCUCAGACAGCCUGGAUUCCAAUAGCAGCACCCAGUUUGAGGUAAAGAAAUACACUGCUUCCCAACUUGAGGUGAAGAUCAUUCCUGAAAACCCCUACAUCCUGACAACGCCUGGCUUUCUUAGUGACAUCCAAGUGAUCAUCCAGGCCAGGUACAUCUACGGGAAGCCAGUGCAGGGGGUGGCAUACGUGCGCUUUGGGCUUCUGGGUGAGGACGGUGAAAAGACUUUCCUGCGGGGCCUGGAGAGUCAGACCAAGCUGGUGGAUGGCCAGUGCCAAAUUUCCCUGCAAAAGGCCGAGUUCCAGGGCGUGCUGGAGAAGCUUAAUAUUAGCAUUAAUGACCUCCCAGGACUGCACCUGUAUGUUGCAGCAGCCGUUAUUGAGUCUCCAGGAGGAGAGAUGGAGGAGGCAGAGCUCACGUCCUGGCGUUUCGUGUCAUCUCCCUUCUCCCUGGAUCUGAGCAAAACCAAGCAGCAGCUUAUCCCUGGGGUCCCCUUCCUGCUGCAGGCCCUGGUGCGUGACAUGUCAGGCACCCCAGCCUCUGGCAUUCCCGUCAAAGUGUCUGCCAAGUUGUUUUCUGGAUCGACUUCUAAAAACCAGGACUUUGAACGGAACACCGAUGGGAGCGGCCAAGUCAUCGUCUCCCUUGGUGUUCCUCGGACCAUCUCAGAAGUGCAGCUCUCGGUGUCUGCAGGCUCCCCACACCCUGCUGUAGGCAGUCUCACUGUGAAAGCGCCCCUGUCCAGAAGCUCUGGGUUUCUGUCCAUUGAGUGGCAGAAUCCUCGACCUCUUAAAGUCGGAGAGACCCUUAACCUAAACCUGCAAGCCGUGGGCAUCAGUGGGAGCUUCUCCUACUUCUAUUACAUGAUCCUGUCCCGGGGCCAGAUCGUGUCUGUGCAUCGAGAGCCCAAGACCCACCUGACCUCCAUCUCCGUGUUUGUGGACCAUCGCCUGGUGCCCUCCUUCCACCUCGUGGCCUUCUACUAUCACGGGGGCGUCCCGGUGGCCAACUCCCUGAGAGUGGACGUCCAGGCUGGAGACUGUGGGGGGAAGAUGGAGCUGAACGUGGACAGUUCCAAGGCGUAUCGUCCUGGGGACGCUGUGAAACUCAACCUGCAAACAGGGUCUCGAGCCCUGGUGGCCCUGGGAGCUGUGGACACGGCUCUGUAUGCUGUGGGUGGCAAGUCCCACAAACCCCUCGACAUGGUCAAGGUCUUCGAAGCUAUGAACAGCUAUGACCUUGGCUGUGGUCCCGGCGGUGGAGACACUGCCCCUCAAGUGUUCAAGGCAGCUGGUCUGGCCUUUUCUGAUGGAGACCAUCGGACUGAAAUCAGAAAGAGUCUGAGCUGUCCCAAGGAGUCAAAGUCUCGGAAAAAGAGAAACGUGAACUUCCAAAAGGCGAUUCAUGAGAAGCUGGGCCAGUACACCUCCCCCGUAGCCAAGCGCUGCUGCCAGGACGGGCUGACGCGGCUGCCCAUGGUGCGCACCUGUGAGCAGCGGGCGGCCCGGGUGCAGCAGCCGGCCUGCCGAGAGCCCUUCCUGUCCUGCUGCCAGUUUGCCGAAAACCUGCGCAAGAAGGCCCGGACCAGGGGCCAGGUGGGCCUGGUCCGAGCCUUGGAGCUCCUGAAGGAGGAGGACCUGAUUGAAGAGGAUGACAUCCCCGUGCGCAGCUUCUUCCCCGAGAACUGGCUUUGGAAAGUGGAAGAAGUGGACCGCUUCUCCCAAUUACAACUGCUGCUCCCGGACUCUCUGACCACGUGGGAGAUCCACGGCGUGAGCCUGUCCAAAAGCACAGGCUUGUGUGUGGCCACCCCGGCCCGACUCCUAGUGUUCCGUGAAUUCCACAUGCACCUCCGCCUGCCGGUCUCUGUCCGCCGCUUUGAGCAGCUCGAGCUGCGGCCUGUCCUCUACAACUACCUGGAUAGAGAUCUGACCGUGAGCGUCCUUGUGUCCCCAGUGGAGGGUCUGUGCCUGGCCGGGGGUGGAGGGCUCGCCCAGCGGGUACAGGUGCCCGCGGGCUCUGCCCGGCCCGUUGGCUUCUCUGUGGUGCCCAUCGCAGCUGCUGCCGUGUCCCUCAAGGUGGUGGCUCGAGGAUCCUUAGAUUUCCCUGUGGGGGACGCAAUAUCUAAGAUUCUACAAGUCGAGAGAGAAGGGGCCCUUCACAGCGAGGAGAUAGUCUAUGAUCUCAACCCCCUGGACCCCCGAGGCCGGACCUUGGAAAUUCCUGGCAACUCUGAUCCCAAUAUUGUCCCUGAAGGAGAUUUCAAGAGUUUCGUCAGAGUCACAGCCUCGGAUCCACUGGAAGCAUUGGGCUCUGAGGGGGCCUUGUCCCCAGGAGGCCUGGCCUCCCUCCUGAGGCUUCCCCAAGGCUGCGGGGAACAAACCAUGACCCUCUUGGCUCCAACACUGGCUGCUUCCCGCUACCUGGACAAGACCGAGCAGUGGAGCCUGCUGCCCCCUGAGACCAAGGACCGCGCCGUGGAUCUCAUCCAGAAAGGCUACAGGCGGAUCCAGGAAUUUCGAAAAAGAGAUGGUUCCUAUGAGGCUUGGUCCCGGGACAGUGGCACCUGGCUCACGGCCUUUGUGCUGAAGAUACUGAGUUUGGCCCAGGAUCAGGUGAGCGGCUCUGCUAAGAAGCUGCAGGAGACGGCCAGGUGGCUGCUUUCGCAGCAACGGGAUGAUGUCUCAUUCCACGACCCCUGUCCUGUUAUCCACAGGGAAAUGUAGGGAGGCUUAGUAGGAAGCGAUGAGACUGUGGCGCUCACAGCCUUCGUGGUCAUCACCCUUCACCACGGGCUGGCGGUCUUCCCAGACAAGAAUUCAGAGCAGCUGAGGAGAGUGGAAAAUUCCAUCUCAAGAGCAAACACCUUCUUGGGGGCGAAAGCAACCUCUGGGCUCCUUGGCACCCACGCCUCCGCCAUCACAGCCUACGCCCUGUCGCUGACCGAGCCCCCUGAGGACCUGCGGAACAUUGCCCACAACAACCUCAUGGCCCUGGCCCAGGACAUCGGUGAUAAGCUGUACUGGGGCUCAGUCACCACUUCUCCAAGCAACGUCCUGUCACCCACUCUGGCUCCUCGCAGCCCAGCAGACCCCAUUCCCCAGGCCCCGGCCAUGUCGAUUGAAACCACGGCCUACGGCCUGCUACACCUGCUGCUAUGGGAGGGCAAGGCUGAGUUGGCUGACCAGGCUGCAUCCUGGCUGACCGGCCAGGGCAGCUUCCAAGGGGGAUUCCGCAGCACCCAGGACACUGUUAUGGCUCUGGAUGCCCUGUCUGCAUACUGGAUCACGUCCCACACCACUGAGGAGAUGGGGCUCAACGUGACCCUCAGCUCCUUGGGCCGCAGUGGACUCAAGUCCCACGUGUUGCAGCUGACCAACCACCAAGUCCACAGGCUGGAGGAGGAGUUGCAGUUUUCCCUGGGAAACAAGAUUAACGUGAAGGUGAGAGGAAACAGCAAAGGAACCUUGAAGGUCCUUCGCAGCUACAAUGUUAUGGACAUGACGAACACAACCUGCCAGGAUCUUCAGAUUGAAGUGACGGUCAUGGGCCACGUCGAGUACACGAUGGAGGCUGAGGAGGACUACAAGGAAUACAAGUGUGAGGACUCUCCAGCUGGGGAUGACCCCGAAGCACAUUCCCUGCCCGUGACACCCCUGCAGCUAUUUGACAGGUGGAGGAACUACUCUAAGAGGGAGGCCCCCAAGGCAGCCAAGGAACUGGAAUCCAGGGUGGCACAUGUCUCCACAGGCAAGACUGCCAAGGUGGGGCUGUCGGGCAUGGCCAUUGCGGACAUCACCCUCUUGAGUGGAUUCUACGCCCUGCGGGCUGACCUGGAGAAGCUGACCUCCCUCCCCGACCGAUAGGUGAGCCACUUUGAGACCGAGGGUCCCCACGUCCUGCUGUACUUCGACUCGGUCCCCACCUCCCGGGAGUGCAUAGGCUUUGGAACUGUGGAGGAGGUGCCCCUGGGGCUGGUACAGCCGGCCAGGGCCGUCCUGCGUGACUACUACAACCCCAGUGAGACGUUGGGGAUACUCGAGAGGGUUGGGGUAAGUGGCAGUGAGGAGUGGCAAGGGAGUCCUGUGGAUCCAACGCCUGGGAGGAGAGAGAGGGCAAGUGCCCUAACACCCCUCUGCUUUUCUCCAGAGCACAAAAGUUCUGUGUUUUAUGGGGCACCACGUAAAAGCAAACUCUUCUCCAUGUUGUGCUCUGCAGCCUUCUGCCAGUGUGGUGGGGGUGAGACCCCUCACCGUUGAUCUCACUGUUAAUCUCAGGGCACCAGGUUUACAGCAGGGAGGGCAGGGGUUUGCACAGGAGCAAUAAAAGGAGACACCGA